AUGCGAGGAUACAAUUAUGCCCGCUCAGAUCCAUUCCAGCAACUGCAGCAAAGUCAUAAACCAGUGUACCUUUCGCCGUCAUAUGACUUCACAUCGAACGGAUCAGCCCAUUAUCCACACAACACAAGCACCGGCACCACUCCAACGUGGUCAGAGGCAGCAAACCCGCCAGCUCCAGCGCCAGUCGACGGACCGGAAGACCACGCGUCAUUCUAUCACCUCACAUCAGCUACACCAACAACUUCCCCGUACAAACCGAGCAAUCACACCAACUCAUCAACGUCAGCGCAUUCACCGAUCCCACCGUCCGCAAAGUCGGUCAAUCCCCCUCCUCCAGCAGCGUCAGCGAACCCGCCGUCCGACCGCUCCAGGCAAUACAGAGCCCGACUCGGUGCGGUCAACGGCGUCCGAACGGCCUCAAAGCAAACCGUCGGGAAAGCCACCACCGCCCAGCUCCCGGACAACCCUUGCCCCAUCUGUGGCCUCGGUCACAAACGGCCGUACCAUCUCGAAUCCCAUUUCAUCGGGUGUGCGGAAAGCCACGGCAAUCCCGAAGGCUACUUCUGGAACGAGCUGCUCGUGUACAAGAGACGGGUCCGCAGUGCGAGGGAGCGGGAUCAGGCCCGGAACGGAGCGGGGCACGGCGGUGGGAAGCGCGCGAGGGUCGAGGAGGGGGACGAGACGCCGAGGGGGGAGGGAGGUGGUGGUGGUGGAAAGCGCGCUCGGGUCGCGGGAGGCGGGUUGAGAUUCGGCGAGGCGCUGUCCGUCGCGCUGGGCUACGAGGAUUUACUGUCGCUGGCGGAGCGGGUGCACCGUUCAUGUUUUUUCGACGGGUAG